AUGAAGUCUUUCGCCCUUGUUGCUGCCGCCUUGGUCGCUCCGGCUCUCGCUGCUCCGGCUGCUAUUCCAAUCACCAAACUUGCUGGACCCGUCAACGAGAACUCGUACAUCAUCAAGCUUAAAGACGGUGUUUCUAAGGAUUCCCAUGUUGCUCGCCUUUUGGAAUACAUUGGCAACCAGGACUCUAAGUAUGAUAGGGUGUUCAACGGAUACGCUGGAGUCCUCAAGGGACCUAUCCUCGAGUAUAUCCGCCGCUCUGCUGAUGUUGAAUACAUUCAGGCUGAUACCAUCUACCAAAUCGAGUACGAGCAAGGUGAUGAAUCGUUCGCCGCUCGCGUCGAUAUCUAUGGUAUUGACACCGGUAUUCUGACUACCCAUACUGCCUUUGGCGGUCGUGCUACUUGGGGCGCUACUUACGGCGGCUUCGCCAGCCGCGAUGGCAACGGCCACGGAACUCACACUGCCGGUACCGCUGCUGGCUCAUCGGGCUUCGGUCUUGCAACCGCAUCGAACAUCAUCGCCGUCAAGGUCUGCUCCGAUGCAGGCCAAUGCGCAUCCUCCAACAUCAUUGCUGGCGUCAACUUUGUCGCGUCUCGCUCUGCUUCGUCUGGCCGCCCAAGUGUCGCCAUCAUGUCCCUUGGAGGUCCAGGGGACUCUGCUAUUGACAGUGCCGUCUCAAAUGCCAUCGGCCGAGGCAUUCACUUUAGUGUUGCCGCUGGUAACAGCAACGUCAACGCUGGAAGCACUUCUCCCGCUCGUGUCGCUGCUGCCAACACUGUCGGUGCCGUCGAUAGCUCCAACCGCAAGGCUUCGUUCUCCAACUACGGUGCCGUGCUCGAUGUCUGGGCCCUCGGCGUCAACGUCCGCAGUGCAUGGAUCGGCAGUAACUCGGCCGUCAACACCAUCUCUGGUACCUCCAUGGCUGCUCCCCAGGUUGCUGGUAUCCUCGCUGUGGUGAUUGGAAACAAAGGCAACUCCAGCCCGGCCGCUCUUUCUUCUGCUCUCAAGUCCAACGCUCAGGCUGUUGUUACCGGCGCCCCCUCUGGUACUACGUGA